AUGACUUUGGAUUUCUCGGUGAAAGGAAAACUCAAGAUCCGCAUGGACAACUAUGUCAAGAACAUGUUGGAAGAUUUUCCUAUCAAGUUCAACAAGGAUUCAAAGCAGGAAACACCAGCUGGUAACGAUUUACUGGAGGAUGGUAAAGGAAAGUUACUCAGAGCUGAUUACCGUCAAAUCUUUCAUACUACUGUUGCAAGGGGACUUUAUGUCUCUAAGAGAGCUCGUUUGGAUUUCCAUCCAACAAUUACUAUUAUUGCCUCGAGAGUUCGAGAACCUACACAGUCUGAUUGGAAGAAGUGUGUUCGCAUGAUGCGUUAUUUGUUUUGUACAUUGUUGUAUCACCUGACACUUUCCGCAGAAUCACUACGAGUCAUGAAAUGGAUGAUCGACGCAUCUUUUGUGGUGCAUCCAGAUUUCAAGAGCCAUACUGGCGGCACUCUGUCCUUUGGAGGAGAUGCAGCUCAAGUGAUGUCGAAGAAACAAAAACUAAACAGCAGAAGCAGUACGGAAGCGGAACUGAUUGCUGUUGAGGAUGUUGUCAUGAUGAUACUAUGGACAAAGUUGUUCAUGGAGUGGCAAGGGUAUCCGAUCGAGAAGAAUAUCUUGUAUCAGGAUAACAAAAGCACGAUUCUACUGGAAGAGAAUGGUCGCAAGAGCACGGGCAAAAGAAGCCGAGCUAUCAAUAUUCUUUAUUUCUUUAUCACAGAUCAACUUGAGAAAGGAAAUGUUAAGAUCGAAUACUUUCCAACUGACAAUAUAAUUGCGGAUUUUAUGACUAAGGUGAGAAGUUUCGCAAGUUCAGGGAUCUGA